CUCCGACAGCGCAAAUAUGCUGGCCUUUGUUUUCGCAGACCUCCUGCCAUCUAAGCUGAAUUUUCUUCUUUUUCAAAUCCAGUCGCAUACCAUGCGAAGCGGACUGUCAUGUUUCGUCUCCCGAUAGUGCGCGCGUUCUUCCGUGUAUCGCCCCAGCCGGCCACGGCUUCCUCGCUCCUCCACUCUACCCGCAUCCCCUCUCACAUUCCUCGCUCCACAACUUUGACACGACGUCUGUCGUCAAGAACUCGUGGGACCACUUCACCGGCCUUCCUGCCCUCGAGACGCAUUUCCGGUCAAUCGCGGCUUCGGUCUUUCUCCGUGUCCGCCCGCAGCCGCGCGAAGUAUAAUCGAUUCAAUGAACCACAGUUUCCGAAACUCCAGGAUGGCGAGCAUUGGCAGGCCUGGCUCGCACUCAUUGCCGUCGGAGGAAGCUUCUAUGUCUAUAACCUCGAGACUGUGGAGCUGACCGGCCGCACUCGAUUCAACUGUGUAUCGGACGACCUCGAGAGGCAAAUGGGAGACAAUGAAUACCAACAACUCCUGAAAAGAGCCGAAGGAAUGAUCUUACCUCCGUCGCACUAUAUAUCCGAAGAAGUGACCAGAGUUUUUGAGCGGCUGAUCGCUCAUACCCCCGUACAAGGCACGAACUGGGAGGUGCACGUUAUCAACGAUAUGUCGCAGCAGAACGCAUUUGUCCUUCCGAAUGGAAAGGUAUUCGUGUAUACUGGCAUCUUGCCGGUUUGCGGAAAUUCUGAUGGUCUUGCGGCGGUGCUGGGCCAUGAAAUCGCUCAUGUGCUGGCCCAUCACCAGGCUGAACGGAUGAGCCAUUCUGUUCCUAGUGUCAUUUUGACCUACGGGCUGGUAUAUCUGUUUGGCACCUUCGGACAUUUCGCGUCCCAGAUGUUGGACUGGUCUGUCAAUCUGCCAAACACGCGGGUGCAGGAGGCUGAGGCAGACAAUAUCGGGCUGAUGCUAAUGGCCAAGGCUUGUUACAAUCCCCGUGCUGUAGUUGACUUCUGGGACCACAUGCACAAGUCUGAAAGAGUCCGUGUGCCUGAGUUUAUGUCAACACAUCCAUCGGCAUUCAACCGAAUGCAAUCCAUGAGCGAAAGGCUCUACAGAGCUGAAGCCCUCUAUGAAAACAGCGGAUGCCAUAUGGUCAGAGGUUACAUUCCUGAAUUUACCGACGCAAUCGACCAUUACGCAGGGCCUCAGGGAAGAGGCCCUGCUAUCAGAAACCAUCAUGGGAGAGGUCAUCAUGGCGGACUCCGCCAUGAACAACUCCAACAUGAUGACAGCUCAGACGGCGAAUACUUCUUCUGAAAUUACUUCAGGAUAAAUUACUGUAUUACUAUAAUCAAUUCUCCUGUCCUGUCAUACCUGAGAUCCUUCCAUCCCAGUACUGUGGAUCGGAUCCGCACAAGGCAUAGCGUGAUAUGAGCGAUUUAGCAUGUACCUAUCUCACGGCCUGUCGGGUAUCGACUAUAUCUGGCAAAAACGCGACUAUUUCUUUCGGGAUACUCCACUCUGUUUGCAUUGAAUUACUAUGAGAAGUCUACCUUCUGGCA